AUGGCCGCAUCAAUGGAGGCAUCGCUUUUGACUCUGGGUUUCUCCCCCGAGGGACGCGGUUGUCGAGUCGAGGGUCUUUUGGUGAUCCUUCUCCUAGGUGAGGGCGAGGAGCUUGAGCUAAGUUCAGCUAGAAGCCUUGGUUCCAGUAUCUUGUCUAGUGCACUUGAACUCAACCCGAGCCCAACUAGUAGACGAGGCCGAGGUGUCCACAAGCCCAAGGAUCUUGAGUUGAAAGCUACAGACUCUGUACACACAGAGCACAAGGGAGCUGCGAGGAGUGGGGUUCUCUCAUGUGCGACUGCAUUGCUGUUAAGAUCGGUAGAAGAGAAUCGUAAACUCACAAACCCAGCCAUUGAACUGGACUCUGAGAUGAGUUUCCGAAUCGGAGGAUGA